AUGAGCACAGUACAAAGGACGCUACGAGCUGCUAAACAGGCUGUUCGAAAAGAAUUACGCGCCAAGUUGAACAAUUUAAGUGAUGAAGAAAAAGCGCGACAAUCGCGCGUUAUUACGGAGAAAUUGUUUUCAUUGGAUGUUUAUAAAAACUGUCAAUCAUUAUCUCUCUACAUGAGCAUGCGCAGUGAAGUCUACACCGAUGAUAUACUUGCUGAUGUUUUUAAAACGAAGAAGAAAUGCUUCAUUCCACAUUACAUUGGUGACGAUAUGAAGAUGGUGUUGUUGAAAGAUCAAGAAGACUAUAAUAAUUUGCCGCUCACAGCGUGGAAUAUCAAACAACCGGCAAACGAAGAAAUUAGAGAAUGUGCUAUAGAUAGUGGUACAGGAUUGGAUGUUAUUAUUGUACCAGGCCUUGGGUUUACAAAAGAAGGUUGUCGAUUGGGUCGAGGGAAGGGCUAUUAUGAUGGUUAUUUUCGAAAAUAUGAAGCGAAAUUUCAGAAGAAGCCUAUAACAAUCGGUUUGGGAUAUACGUGUCAAAUUUUAGAUAGUAUUCCGGUGGACGAAUUCGAUGUACAAUUGAACCACGUACUUUUUCCAUAA